AUGAGGUUUGAAAAGAGUGGAAAGUUAAGACCUAGAUACAUAGGCCUUUUUGAGAUACUUGAAAGAGUAGGAAAUUUGGCAUAUCGUUUGGCACUGCUACUUGCUCUAUCUAAAGUCCAUAAUGUCUUUCAUAUGUCCCAAUUGAGGAAGUAUGUCUUUGAUCCAAGUUACGUACUGAAGGCUCAACCACUGGAGGUGAGGGAAGACACAUCCUACAGAGAACAUCUAGUGAAGAUUGUUAAUCAAAAGGAUCAGGUGCUUAGACGAAGGAUGAUUUCGCAUGUCAAAUUCCAACGGACAAACCAUAUAGAGAGAGAAGCAACAUGGGAGUUGGAAGAAAAAAUGAGAGCAAAGUAUCCGCAAUUGUUUACACAAGUCCAACAAGGGCGGUAUGUUUUACUCACUGAGCAAGUUGAUGCACAUCCCAAUAUUUUAACAUUUUAUGUAGAGGAUAAGUAUGUAUACGAGUUUGUUGAGGCUGAUGGUGACUAG